AUAGUUAUCCAGGGGUUCGUUUGCAAAGGACCUUCCCCAUAAGUGCAGCCUUUCGUUUCCACUCUCUCGGUCUCUCCCUCUCCUUCGCGUGUGCCCCCAAAACCCUACCCUCCCUAGGCCUUCUUCUCCAGCGGCGGCGGCGGCGGAGACGCAGCAUCGAAGAUGAUCAUCCCGGUUCGCUGCUUCACCUGCGGCAAGGUGAUUGGAAACAAGUGGGACCACUACCUGGAUCUUCUCCAGGCCGAUUACACCGAGGGGGAUGCUCUGGACGCCCUGGGUUUGGUCCGCUACUGCUGUCGGCGUAUGCUCAUGACCCAUGUUGACCUCAUCGAGAAGUUGCUCAACUACAACACUCUGGAGAAGACUGAGGCAACCUAGAUGAACCCAGCAUACUCCAAAUACAUUGUUCCUUGGUACUUUUGGACACUUGUCUCAGUACUUAGGAGUGAUAUGAUGUGAGGUCCUAAUGUGAGGUCGGUUUGUUCAUGAAUCUCCAAGGAUUUUCAGUCGACCAUGUGUUUCUACUAAGUAAUUCUCAGAACUAUUAACCAGCAUAUGUACGCAUUUCCCAGUUUCAAACUGAUUGAGCUUAUCAUCGGUGUGUUUAAUGCUAGAUUUCUUUGAUUGGAUAUCUGUGUGCAUCUAUUCAACUAGCAGGAAAUAGAAAUGAUUUAAACACA